AAUUCGACAACAGUCCGCCAUUUUCGUAUGGAAAUUUGUUGUCGUGUUUUACUAGAUUUUUUUUGUCAGCUCACAUAUUGAAAAGUAAUUAUUAAGUUCGAUUGCUACUGCAAGGUUAUGGAAGGUCCAGUGAAGCUGAAAAUUGACGAUCGGAAUGUCUGAAGCGCAGUUUGAAAGGUCGAACAGCCGACAGUCCCUGAGCAGUGACGAGGACACAGAUGAUGCAGAGCCACUCGACCAUGACUACGAUCUACCUCAUGUGAGGUGGAAGAAAGCCAUUAAUAAAGGCAGGUGGACAAAAGAAGAGGACGAAAAGCUACGUAAACUUGUGGAAGUGCGAGGCAUCAGUGAUUGGAAAGCCAUAUCGGAGUAUUUCACUGAUCGCACAGACAUCCAGUGUCAGUAUCGAUGGUAUAAGGUACUCAACCCUGAUCUCAUCAAAGGACCUUGGACAAAGGAGGAGGAUGACAAGGUUAUUCAGCUGGUUGGAGAGUAUGGACCUAAACGUUGGACACUAAUUUCUAAGCAUCUCAAAGGCAGAACUGGAAAACAGUGUCGUGAAAGGUGGCACAACCACCUCAACCCUGACAUCAAGAAAACUGCGUGGACAGAAGAAGAAGACCGACUUAUUUACCAACUUCAUCGUAAACUUGGCAACCGCUGGGCAGAGAUAGCCAAAUAUCUUCCUGGACGGACUGAUAAUGCAAUAAAAAACCACUGGAAUUCUACGAUGAAGAGAAAGUAUGAACACGAAGAAGCACGACGGAUAAAUAGUCCGGUUCAGAUUUUCACACACCCCUACACCCCAAGUACCUCCAACAACCUUCAAGGAAUUACUCCUGUCCAGCUUUUCCCUAAUGACGUUGGCCGGAAAAAUGUUCCCUUGAAUGGAGGUUAUGUGUCGUCUGUGACUGGAGGUCAAGGUUGGGUGCACAAUACUGCACCUUCUGCAUCCAGUCAGAACUUGCAGGUGAUCUCGCUGCAACCCUCAGACAAUAUUGCUACUCCUCUCAAAAACUUUGCCAAUAUGGCGGAUGCCAUGAUGGAAGUUAAUACAUUUGGAGGUCUGUCUUCUUUGGACCUCAUCAGUGGCCUUGAAUCCCAUACAGGAGUGACCCCCAUCAAGUUCACAAGCCUGCAGAAGAAAGGGUCAACAGGUUUGAGGUUUGAUGGCCACUCUCUAGGCAAGCUGAAGAGCCCAGGUGGUCUGAUACCGAUUACCUCCCCUGUAGCUCACAAGCUCACAACACCUCCAGCCAUCUUGCGCAAGAGUAAGCGCAGGAAACAGCGCAACAUUCGUCCCCGUGACUGCUAUGCUAGCGACAAGGGAUACAGUCAAGUGAUGCCAACAUUUCUUGUUGAGGAUGAUGACCAUGACACCAAUGAGAAUGAGGAACCCUUCGGUCUGAGCGGCAUCAAAUCAGAGCCAGAGACACCGACAGGCACACCAAUAAAAAAUCUGCCGUUCUCUCCCUCACAGUUUUUGAACAGUCCUGAAAUCCCAUAUGGCAAUGGCAAAUUGACAUCCACCCCUGUUGGCCAUCAGAGUCGGAGUUGUACCUCGGGUAUAGACACACUGAGGACGCCUGUGAUGAAGGAUGCUGACAACUCUAAACUGAACACGCCACAUCUGAAUCCGUCUCUUCUUGAUGCCACUCCCCGGACGCCUACACCCUUCAAGAACGCUCUGGCAGAGAUAGAGAAGAAAGCUGGAGCACACAGACAAUGGAGCCCUGGUCAGUUGGUGGACCUUGGGGAGAUCCUGAAAGCAGAAUGUGAUACUGGUUACGAAGGGGACUUGUCAGCUGGGAUGACUCCAUUGACCCACUCCAGACACUCAAAGAGGAAGCCAAACAAAGAGCAUAUACAGCACAACCGUGUUCGUCAGUCACUGGAGGAGAAGUGGUCAACAGACAGGGACAAGUUCAGUGUGUCACAGUCGCUGUUGAUGUCUCCAGAGACUCCUAGCAAGUCCUUGCUGGGUGACACAAGCCUGCUCUUCUCUCCGCCGUCCAUUAUAAAGGACACUCUCCCAGAGGAGGUUCUUGAUGUCUUUGCUCUGCCUAAAUCUCCUGGAUCUUCGUUCCAGGUAAAGAAAGCUAAAAAGUCAAGCAAGAGAAUACAGUUUACCGAUAUUCCAAGUAAAGCUCUGGUCAAGCUGGAUGUCAACUUUGAACGAGUGGCUUGUGGUAUGACUACAGACCAGUUAGAAAUGACGGAACUAGCUAGGUCGUAUGUGACGUCUCUGAAGCCACGGACACUGAUUCUCUAGAUAGUGCUAUGUGGGUGUCUGUCAGUUUCCUUGUGAUGGCGGAGGUGACAGGAACAGGUUGAAUCUACAGAUGUUGUGAUUGUGUCGGCAUAGUUCGAUUCCCAGGGAAUUCAUCUGUGGACGUUAUCGCGAUUAGCUGUAUAAAGUUCUUGUGUGUCAUUGAAGUCAAAAAGAAGGGAAUGUAUUCAUUUGAAGGCUGAAUCUGAACAAAGGACGAUAACCGCCUUAUGUAUUUGCUUUGGCCAGAACUCUAGAAGUGACUUGAUAGUCUUUGUUGGUUGUCGCGUUUAUGUAAAUACAUAGUCCUCUCAUUGUGUAGUGCCAUUCUUCUGUCCUGAAGGAAAAACACACCUGAAGACAACUGGUUCAUUUUGGAGACAUAAACAAGAAUUUUAAAAGUUUUAAUUUUCAAAGUUCACCUGUGAUACGCAUGAGUCCAUUACUUCUCUAUACCACCAGCUUUGUUAUUAUUUAUAUUUUUAUGGAUGUAUCGUCAACUGUGCGAGGAUAACAAGCAAGCCGUUAUUUUGGAAUUUUUAUUGAAAUGAUAAAUGCUGUGACGUUGACAGCUGCUAUGAAAUUGAUGAAAAUAAGUCAAUAAAGAAUUUCAUUUGAAUUAAAAUCAGAAUACUAAAUUAUUUACACCAAACACAAAGGCAAUAAAUUUUUGCUUUGAAAAUAAUUAAAUUUAAUUAUUUAGAUGUUUUGAUGUUUGUUCAGUUAUGUUUCUAGUCAGUGUCAUCACUUUCAUAAAGAUCAGUUAUGGGCGAAAACUGACUCGCCUCAGUGUGCGAGGAACUUGAAAUUUGACGCAAAAAAGUAAAAGAAUUGACAUGACUAUAUCUCUUAAGCAUUAUGAAAGUACAGAAAUUAAGAAUAAAUCUUACAACCUGUAUUUGCCUGAAUACACAAGUAAGUAGACUUGACACAAGCCUUCAAUUACAUUAUUUUAAUUAUUUAGAUGUUUUGAUGUUUGUUCAGUUAUGUUUCUAGUCAGUGUCAUCAUUUUCAUAAAGAUCAGUUAUGGGCGAAAACUGACUCGCCUCAGUGUGCGAGGAACUUGAAAUUUGACGCAAAAAAGUAAAAGAAUUGACAUGACUAUAUCUCUUAAGCAUUAUGAAAGUGCAGAAAUUAAGCAUAAAUCUUACAACCUGUAUUUGCCUGAAUACACAAGUAAGUAGACUUGACACAAGCCUUCAAUUACAUUAUUUAAAAAAAAAUCAGCAAACACUUUUUCCACAUUCACCGAGUGUGAACUUCUGUAAAUUUGCUUGUUACAUCCUCACUAUAUUUACUUGUUGUUGUUUGUACUUGUGUAAUAGACUAAUAGAAGUAUAACAUGGUUGUAAAAUUUGAAAAAUAUUCAGUCCAUACCAAUUAUUUCAUGUAUGUGACCUAUUUUAUGUGUCAUAAUGUAGUGACCUAUCCUACAGACUGAUGACUUGUUACUUGUAUGUUAGAUAAAGGUCAAGGUCAGCAUAUGACCUACUGAACUUUUGACCUUGUCACAAGUUAUGUAUCAUAUGUUUUUAUUACAGUGUAAAUACAAACAUUUUGUGUAGACUGAAUCUUCAGCAAUGUUUCACUGGCAUGCCAAGGAAAUAACAAUUAUAUUUUGUUAAGUGAAUCUCAGUUGAAGUUGAGCAUUUAUUAUUAUGUAAAACUCGUCAAACCUAUUAAAAUGAAUUGCUUGAAAGUGUAGAUGGUUAUAUUAUACACAAAACAUUAAAGAAAAUCCAGUUCUAGUCUAAAUAAUAGCAGUGCUUGUUUGAAACAGCUUGUAAAGACCUGAUCAGACUCUAUUAGACAAUUGUAUUGAAUUGAGUUCUAGUGAACAUUGGCUGCACUCCUUUCUAAGUAUAACCUCUUAAACUUUUAAGGUGUUUAAAAGUCUGAAGGUCUGAGAAAGAAGUGUUGGUUUAAUCUACGGUGAAUGUCUCCUCUCCUUAAGAAGAAAGCUUAGUGUAGCAUUCCAUUUGCUUGUCUUUGAAUGAAUCUUGUUUUCAUGUUUAGAACAUUUCUAAAUCAUUACAUGAAGUGCUAAACACGGAAGUUAAGUUUGCAUCUAAUCAUUUAAUUCUGUAAACUGAUUUGUUUAUUGUGAAUGUAAUGUUUGAUUUGUUAGUAGUUAGUAUUUAAAACAAAAUGUUGCUGCAGAAACAAUUGGUAUGGGAAGGUUUUGAUAAGAAAGUAGAGUUAUGCAUGUGGGAUUGCCACACAGUCAACACAAUUGCCUACUGUAUUUUAAAGGUAUUUCUGUUGAUAUUUAGCAAUACCAAUUUCAAAUGGAUUUUGAAUGACCUAUUCACUGGUUUGUGAAAUGAUUACGGAAUUUCUGUUUUAAUCAACUGAUUGAAUGAGGUUGUCUUGAUUUCCAUGUACAGAUGUCACGUUAAUAUAAGAUUAAUUCUCAAUUGCACACACAGGCAUGGAUGAAGUCUGCUAGAUUUGAUUAAACAUAUCCCACCGAAUAGACAUGUAGAGGAAGUUGUUUGAAUUAAGUUCAGUUUUGAUAACUGUUUGCUGAUUUUCCUGCUGCUGGUGCUAAACUGUUUAUUGCAUGUUGAAUGCUAUCAAUCAUUUGUGUGUAACUGUAAACUGAAGUCACUUAUGUCACUGCCAGUGGUUCCCUUGUCUCUCCAUACUGCUACAAACCAAGUGCCGGAGGUCCUCAUUCCUCAAUAUGAAUCUGAUAUGCAAAAUGGCCUAGUUAACUAAAACUUUAUUGUCUGCAGUGUAUAAAGUGCCUUACGUUUCAUGGUUUUCACUGUUUCUUAAGUGGAAUAAACAGUGUUUCUUCAGAACUGCAAAUAAAUUAUAUUGUUGGUUUUUGAUGUAAGUGUGCACUAUGGUGCAGGUCUGAUAGCCAUUGGAAGACUCAGCAAUAUCACAUUUACAUGGCUUUAAAACAUUCAUUGUUGAUUAUAAUGGCAGAUAUUUUUCUAAACCGUCCGUGCAAUUGUAAAUUUUUGUGUUAAAGAGAAAUGAGAAGUUGAUAAAGUGCCUUCUGAUCUAACCUGCUGACCAAUAAUUUGUAUUUUAUUAACUCAUGUUUGGCUUAAAGCUGUAUGAUAAGUAACCUGGCUGACAUGAAAUCCUUGAUGUUUUCAAUAGUCCACAGGAGUUGGAGUUGAUGAGGUUUUGGUGGAUGUGUAUUGUGAGAUGUAAUGCAGUUUGAGGAUGUUUUCAUAAUAUGCUGCAUCCAACAUGGUUGUCACCUCAUGAUGCUACAGUCUGAACUGCAGUUGAGUUUGUGUUCCGUGUUGUCAUGACAACGGAAGUUUGUAAGACUGCUUACUUGAAGGGAUGAUUGUGGACUAGUGGUUGUGUUCUGCAUGAAUAAAGAUUUCAUACUAA